UUAGACAAAUCUGGUACAUAACAAAAAUAUAUUCUGGCAACACUGAUUUGAAGUGUCAAGACUCAAGACGUCAAUAGUUUGUAGGUUAGAUAUUAAUUUUUAAAAUUACACAAAUUUUAAAAUGAUUAUUUUUAAAAAUUGCACAUUUAUAAAAGGAUAUCGUUUAAGAAAACAAUUUUAUUUAUGCCGCUUUUUAUCGGGCCUAAACUUAUGGGAUGAAGAUAUUUCAUCUGAAAUUAAACAUAAAAUAGAGAGACACUGGAAAGAAAAGUUGAAAUUUAAUAAGUUCAAAGAAGAUGAUAUCACUAAAGAAAAGUAUUAUGUACUGCCAAUGUUCCCAUAUCCAUCUGGGUCACUUCACAUGGGACAUGUCCGUGUUUACACAAUUAGUGAUACAGUUGCUAGAUAUCAGAGAAUGAAUGGUAAAAAUGUUCUUCAUCCUAUAGGUUGGGAUGCAUUUGGUUUACCAGCUGAAAAUGCAGCUAUAGAUCGUAAGACAGCUCCAGGUGAAUGGACCAAACAAAAUAUAACACAUAUGAAGAGCCAACUCCAGAAAUUAGGUUGCAGUUUUGAAUGGGAGAGAGAAUUUAAAACCUGUGAUCCUGAAUAUUACAAAUGGACACAAGAAUUGUUUUUGAAGUUAUAUCAACAAGGAUUAGCUUACCAAAAAGAAGCCCUAGUUAAUUGGGAUCCAGUAGAUCAAACAGUACUAGCAGAUGAGCAAGUUGAUGAAAAUGGAAAUUCUUGGCGAUCUGGAGUUAAAGUAGAGAAAAUACUACUGAAACAAUGGUACAUAAGAACUACAAAAUUUGCUAAAAGUCUUCUAAAUGGUUUAAAUGAUCCAUUGCUUCAGGAUUGGCGUGACAUUAAAAAAAUACAAAGACACUGGAUAGGAGAGUGUAAUGGUGUUAAUUUUGACUUUAAGAUUAAAGACAGUGAUUCUGAAUUUCUGACCUUUUGGACUAAUGCUCCGGAGUUUAUAGAGCAUGUGAAAUUUGUAGCUGUAUCUAGUGAUAAUAUUUUAGCUAAAAAAGAAAAUCAAGGAGAUACUCAAGAAACUGUAAAGUUAAGAACUUGUGUUGUGAAUCCAUUUAAUUUAGAUGUUAUACCUGUUUUUAUGACAAAUGAAAUUGAGUUUUUUGAUUCAACAGACUCAUAUUUAGGUAUUCCUGGUGUUUGUCAAAAUGCUGCAGAUUUUGCUACAAAAUAUGAUAUCCAUUAUCAUAAUGUUGAGAGUUUAGGCCACGGAAAAACUAAACAAAGACAAUUAGAAAUUAUUGAUAAAGCACAUCUAUUGAAGGUUGGAGGAUAUUGGACCAGUGCAAAAUUAAGAGAUUGGCUUAUUUCAAGGCAGAGGUACUGGGGUACACCAAUUCCAAUUAUACACUGCACUAAAUGCGGAUCUCAGCCAGUAUCCACGAAAGACUUACCUGUAAUCCUUCCAGAUUUAAAAAAAGAAAGCAAAAAAGUCGGUUCGCAACUAGCGGAACUGUCAGAAUGGAUAAAUACCAAGUGCCCAAAAUGCGGUGGUGAAGCAAAGCGAGAAACUGACACAAUGGACACUUUUGUUGAUAGCUCCUGGUAUUUUCUAAGAUUUGCAGAUCCUCACAACAAUAAAGAAAUAUUUGACACCGGAAAAGUUAAUAAAGUAGCUCCGGUUGAUUUAUAUAUUGGUGGUAAAGAACAUGCUGUACUUCAUAUGUACUAUGCCAGAUUUAUAAUGCAUUUUCUUCAUUCUUUGGGUUUGGUGCCAGAAAGAGAACCGUUUAAAAGAUUGCUGGUGCAGGGUAUGGUAAUGGGCAGAAGUUAUAGAGUAAAAGGAAGUGGACAGUACUUAUCAGAGAAAGAUGUUAAAAUAAUUGAUUUAAAGAAAAAUAAGGCUGUUACAAAAGAUACAGGGGAACCUGUUGUCAUUAGUUGGGAGAAAAUGAGUAAAUCUAAAUAUAAUGGUGUAGAUCCGGAGGAUAUGUUUAAGGAAUAUGGUACUGAUACCACUAGGCUACUAAUUUUAGCUGAUGUUGCCCCAACUAGCCAUAGAAAUUGGAAUAAUAACACUUUUCCUGGAAUACUAAAUUGGCAAAAGCGAUUGUGGCUGACGAUUCGCGACUUCCUAAAGAAUAGACACAAUCUCCCCCCGAAAAUACCUGAUGACCAAUUUAAAACUCAUGACGAUUACAUGUUUGAUUCAAGAAAUUAUUAUGCAGUUGGGACAUCUUACAACUAUUUGAUAACACAACAAAUUAGUGUUGCUCUUUCAAAACAACAAGGACUGACUAACAGUCUUAGGAAAGUUCCAGCUGCUGUUAUAGGACACAGUAAACAGUUUGAGAGAGCGCUGGCUACUCAAAUAAUUAUGUUGGCACCUAUGGCUCCACAUUUUGCAUCUGAAUUGUGGAGCGGUUUCAUUUCAGCUCCUAAUCGAUUAAAUGACUCCACAGAAAUAAGUUGGGAUAAAUCUGUCUUUGAUCAAAAGUGGCCUGAAAGUGAUAUGGACUAUAAGCUCGAUUUAGUUUGUCAAGUAAAUGGUCAUGAGAAUGCAGUCGUCAAAAUGUCUAGGAUAGACUUAGAAAAACUUCCAAAGGAAGAAGCAUUUCAAUUAGCCUUGCAACAAAAAGAAGUACAAAGUACUUUGACUACAAGAAACGUAUUGGACAGUAACUUUAUUGUACACAAGGGUUUUGAAGGAAUCAUAAAUAUUAUUACUGAUCAACCUCCUCCUAAGAUUAAAAGUCAAGACGUUGAAGAGAUGCAGAGUAGGUAGUUGAAAAGUUGGUCAUUUUGGUGACAUGUCAAAUGUAAGUUUUGUUUUAAAAACUAGAAUCCCUUUUUAGAAUUUGUAUACUUGUUAUUGUACUUUAUUGUUCUGAAAUAAAUAAGUAUAUUUUAU